AACCAAAAAUAAGUUUUGGCCUCAAAAAGUGGAAAAACAACGAAAUCUUCAAAUGUAUAAAUUAGUUGGAAAUUCAGUCCAGACCCGAACAGCUCCACCUCAAAUUUCACCUCAAGCACUUGCGCUCUGUGGCAACGGUUUAAUUUUCAAUGGACAAGUCUAUCCGGUACUAGUCGAUGGUGUUCCAGUACCAGAAGCUGUUGCAGCAUUGAAACGCCAACAGCAACAACAACAUUUCAAUCAGCCCCAACCAAGCGGCAAGAUAGUGAGGACCCAGCAAUUUCGGCGCAAGCACACCAAUCCAUCCAGACCACAUCAACAGCAACUGCACUCGCAGCAACAGCAGCAACUACAACAGCUCCAGCUACUCCAGCAACAACAAAUAAUGCAGCAACAGAACUUAUAUCCGAAUAUGCAACAACCAUACAGCAAUUGGUCAGAACCCAUCCACAACAGGUCCACAGUCACAGGUGGAAUGCUGUUGAACCCGCAGCCAUCAACGCCUGCGCAACAGCAUUUCAGCUAUGGCUUUGUGCCCAACCAAGGCGAGUCCAAUGCGUGGCAGGGCUACGCCAUGUUCCCCAACGAUGUGAGUAAGCCGUUUGCCUUUGGGUGGAGUUCCACUGACUAACAAUAAAGUUACCAGACCCCCACAUAAGGGUUAAGGCAUUUCUAAUAUUUGUUAAAGCUGCUGCAAAAUAAAUGGCAAAGAUUGGGUUCGAAUGAGAUGACAACAAA